UUGGCGCCUCUUGAAUCCGCCGCAGCCGUAGUGGGCGGUGAGGCGGAGGAGCAGUUUGAACAGAGUCGCUGUUGCUUAGGCGGAAACAUUAAAAUCCAAAUAACUUUUUACAAGCAGGCUGACACCAAACGGUGCGACUGUCCCUCAUAGACGCACAGCUUCUGUGUCCUAACCAGCCUUGGAGCGAAGGAGCCGGUUUGAGUUAUUUUAUUUGCCGGCUCUGGGUGCGUGAAGCCGGGUGUCGCGCGAACUCGGUCGCUCCCUCCUCCUGAGUUAAACUGCUAGCUAGCCACCGAGCUAACGUUACAGCUAGCCGUAAUACGGAGCGAGCUAAUCUGCAGCACAAAGGACGACUUUGCCCGUGUUUGUCGCAUCGAUCCGGAUCGCUCCGUUGGAUGAGGCCAGAGGCUCGGGUGGAGGGUUGAAUGGUGACGUGAGAUUGAACAGAAGGGAUCUGAAUGUUGGCAGAGAGGUUUCAGACGUUUGAUUUGCAGCCUAUCAUUUUUACAUCAGCUGUUGAAAGAAAGGAAAAUCAGGCAGAGGUUGGCUCUGAUCGUUGGACUUGAGGUGAAUCAUGGUGCUGACUGGGAAGCGUUCGGAGAAAGGCCCCGCCUGCUGGAAGAGGAGGGUAAAGUCUGAGUACAUGAGGCUUCGGCAGCUGAAACGCUUCAGACGGGCCGACGAGGUCAAGAGCAUGUUCAACAGCAACCGUCAGAAAAUCAUGGAGCGAACUGACAUUUUGAACCAGGAGUGGAAAACCCGGCGAAUCCAGCCCGUUCACAUCAUGACGUCGGUCAGCUCCUUACGAGGGACUCGAGAGUGCACCGUGGAGAGCGGCUUCUCUGAGUUCCCUCGACAGGUCAUCCCCCUGAAGACUCUGAACGCCGUGGCCUCGGUCCCGGUCAUGUACUCCUGGUCGCCGCUACAGCAAAACUUCAUGGUGGAGGAUGAGACGGUGCUCCAUAACAUUCCCUACAUGGGAGACGAGAUCCUCGACCAGGACGGGACUUUCAUUGAAGAGCUCAUCAAGAACUAUGAUGGCAAAGUCCAUGGAGACAGAGAGUGUGGCUUCAUCAACGACGAGAUCUUCGUGGAGUUGGUCAACGCUCUGGCACAGUACAGUGACAACGAGGAUGAUGACGAGGAGGAAGAGCAGGACUUUAAAGUGGACAAGAUGGACAUGUGUGAUGGCAAAGAGCACCCAGAGGACCCCCGCAAGGACGGGCUUGUUAACAAUGAGAGCCGAACCAACAAUGACACCAGCAAGAAGUUUCCCUCUGACAAGAUUUUUGAGGCCAUCUCCUCCAUGUUCCCCGACAAGGGCUCCCCCGAGGAGCUCAAAGAAAAGUCAGUGGGUUUGUUUGUGUGCAAGUACAAGGAGCUGACUGAGCAGCAGCUGCCCGGCGCUCUGCCGCCCGAAUGCACGCCGAACAUCGACGGUCCGAACGCUCGCUCCGUGCAGCGCGAGCAGAGCCUGCACUCCUUCCACACUCUGUUCUGCAGACGAUGCUUCAAAUACGACUGCUUCCUCCACCCUUUCCAUGCAACUCCGAACACGUACAAGCGGAAGAACUUGGAGAACCUGGUGGACAAAACCCCGUGUGGCGUUGACUGCUACAUGGACCUGGUGCAGGAUGGCGUGAUGAGGGAGUACGCCACAGGCGUGGGAACCGAGAGGGCAAAGACGCCCUCCAAGCGUAACGGGGGCCGGCGCCGCGGUCGGCUGCCCAACAGCAACAGUAACAGCCGGCCCAGCACCCCCACGGUGUCCUCUGAAACCAAAGACACGGACAGCGACCGCGAGGGCAGCAAAGAGGACGAGCGAGACAACGACAAAGACGACGAGGACAAGAAGGACGAGACCACCAGCAGCUCAGAGGGAAACUCGCGGUGUCAGACUCCAGUGAAGAUGAAGCUGUCCAGUGAGGCUGAAGCGGUGGAGUGGAGCGGGGCUGAAGCGUCUCUCUUCAGGGUCCUCAUCGGGACAUACUACGACAACUACUGCGCCAUCGCGCGGCUUAUAGGCACCAAGACCUGCAGACAGGUUUACGAGUUCAGGGUCAAGGAGUCGGCCAUCAUUGCUCGCGCUCCCGCUGAAGACGAGGACACGCCACCGAGGAAGAAGAAGAGGAAGCACAGACUGUGGGCUACUCACUGCCGCAAGAUCCAGCUGAAGAAAGAUGGCUCAUCCAAUCACGUGUAUAACUACCAGCCAUGUGACCACCCCCGGCAGCCCUGUGACUCCUCGUGUCCCUGCGUCACCGCUCAAAACUUCUGUGAGAAGUUCUGCCAGUGCAGCUCGGAGUGUCAGAACCGCUUCCCGGGCUGCCGCUGCAAAGCUCAGUGUAACACCAAGCAGUGCCCCUGCUACCUGGCAGUGAGGGAGUGCGACCCCGACCUCUGCCUGACCUGUGGCGCCGCCGACCACUGGGACAGCAAGAACGUGUCCUGCAAGAACUGCUCCAUCCAGAGAGGUGCCAAGAAGCACCUCCUGCUCGCUCCGUCAGACGUGGCCGGCUGGGGCAUCUUCAUCAAAGAGCCGGUGCAGAAGAACGAGUUCAUUUCAGAGUACUGUGGAGAGAUCAUCUCUCAGGACGAAGCCGACCGCAGAGGGAAAGUCUACGACAAAUACAUGUGCAGCUUCCUGUUCAACCUGAACAACGACUUUGUUGUUGAUGCCACGAGGAAAGGCAACAAGAUUCGCUUCGCCAACCACUCGGUGAACCCAAACUGCUAUGCAAAAGUGAUGAUGGUGAACGGCGAUCACAGGAUCGGGAUCUUUGCCAAGAGAGCCAUCCAGACCGGAGAGGAGCUCUUCUUCGACUACAGGUACAGCCAGGCCGACGCUCUGAAGUACGUCGGGAUCGAGCGGGAGAUGGAGAUCGCCUGACCGGGACUUCCUGUGUUUUUCAGCGACACAAAGGCCUUACACACACAAACAAACAAACAAACAAAAAAACCACACCCUCACUUUCAGGAAACUCAGACGAUUUGUCACAACGCCACAAAAGCUUCAGGAAAAACAACCCGGGGAUAUUUGAAGCUGAUUUUUGUCGUUGUUGUUGUUUUUGCUUUUGAGAAACUUUUCAUGUUUUCUAUCUUAUCCUUUGAUUUAUCGACAAAUCUUCCUCUUUGGAUUCAUAAAUCUUCCCUCUGCUGAAAGCGCACCGACAAAAAAUAUAUAAAUAUCUCUUAUCUGUCUUAUCUUUGAGUAAAAAUGUUCUGCAGCGAGAGGAGAAAAAAGCCCGACUGUGUUUUUAAAAGUUCUCAGUUCAAGCUUCAGGGACCAAAAUCCUCCAACAGCCACUUUCACACCGCCGACCAGACUGUUUGUACUCCUCGUGUGUGUGCAUGUGUGUGUGUGCUGAACCUGUCGCUCACUCCUCAGUGCCGCUUCACUGUCUGUCUGUAAAUCUGGAGGUCGUUCAUGAAGCAGCGUCACACUGAAACCAGCUCUGACUGUGAAAAACAAAGUCGAUAAACAACAGGAAUAUUUUAAGAAUAAAAGAAGCUGUACGUUAAAGAUGGACAUGGCUUUAGUCAAGCUGACUGCUGGGUCUGUUAUCAGGCUGCAGGUGUACAGACAGAUAACUGCUGGCUAACAGUUACUGCUAACAGCACAAACGGAGCUCAGAGGCUCAGAUUAGCAAUUAGCGUUUAACACAGGUGAGUGUGGAGUGGGGCAUGUAACUCAUUCUCACUGGUUUCACUGGUCUGAUGUUGGGAAAUGCUCAGAUCAGACGUCACCCUCCAGGAGAGAUGAGUCAGUCCUGCUGUGAUCUCCACUCGAGGCUCCAAAAGUGAGUCGGUCCUUUUGUUUAACUCGCCUGUUUGGAUUUUCUUUAGGGUUAAAAUUUGGGGGUUUGGCUUAUUUAGCAGGUGAGCGUGUAUUUGAAGUUUCUCACCUGGACCUCUGGAUCAUGUUUGUGUGUUUUGGAGCUUUUCUAAUGCAGUUAAAACAUCUUUCUGUGGCUGAACUGAAGAUAUUGGUGCUCUUGGCAUUAAUUAGCAGGUAUCUGUCUUAGGCGCAGGUUUGAGUCGGGGCUCAAAAUACCUGCCACACUGCUGGACACACCCACUGCAGUAUUCUCCUGAACAGCAGGUGUCGCUACUCUGACAAAACCUCACAGUCCCUCACAGUACUGAUGUAUUUUCAAUAUGAUGAUUAAAAACUGACAACUGUUCAUUCGUGUCCUUAACCUGCUGCUGGUGUAGCGACACCUGUCGUCCAGGACAACACCUCGGCGACUUCCUGCACUGUAACGGCAAGCAUAGAUAGGUGUGGCUUUGUGGUGUUGCAGUGGCGUGCAAAGCGACCACUGUGGACGGUGUACUGACUGUGUCACAGCCGGGCUCUCCAUCAGGGGUCGAUCUGGUGCUAACACAUUCAUUUUGUCAAAGGGAACAAAACUAAUGAGCCGAAACAAACACGGAUCACCGGUGCGUCGCCACGCUGUAGACCGAGGGAAUCGAACUCAUUUAAAGUCCAGAUUGUUCCACUUUGUUCAGAUUCAGACGUUUAUGUGCAUGUUUACUAAACCAGUCGGUGAUAAAAGUGAUGGGACGCCUUUCUGUAAAGCUGACGUCUCCGUGUCUCCACAUUAAAACGACCGGCUACGCGCUGCCUUCAGAAACGACUGUACAGAAAAACAAAAACGGGCAGUUCUGAUAUUUAAUGUUUGAUCUGUAGAGAAAAACAGGAUUUCUUUGUAGUUCAGUGGUUUGUGUGUUAGUUACUUUAGUGUAAGUAAUGAAAAGGCCGUGGGUGAGAUCUUCAUCAGGAGGCCGAUGAACUGAUGAAGAUUCAGGUGAAACUGAUAGUUUAGGCUCUCGUGAUGUGAUCCAUCCCUACAGAUGUCCUGCAGCGUGUCGUAGAGUCGCUCUUGUGGUUUUUCUUGUGCUGAAUUUGCUCCAGACUAAUCCCCGGCCUCGCUUUCUAUCAAAGUCUCCGAUUCCUCUGGCAGUGUGACUCCGACACAUCGCGACGUGAAACACGCGGUUCGGCGUCGACCUCGAGCUGGACGUGACUCUGCUUUGUGACGCCGCCUCUGCUUCAGGUGCUAACGUGAAAACUAAGCCAGCACGCUUUCCUUCAGCCGGACACUCGACCGCAGCCGCCGGGCCAGCCUUUCAAAUCUAGGCGGAGCCUCAGUUUAAUGUCCGAGUGCUUUUUGACUCGACCAAACUGCUCACGUCUGUCCGCCUGGUCGGGUUUCCCAGCAUCCUCAGCAGCGCGCUGAGAUUCAUCUAAUCAGGAAACGGGUCUUUUUGUUUUUUCUAUUUGACUUACGCACAUUUAAUCAAAGUUUUCCCAGCAUCCUCUCUGCCUCCUUUGAAGCCUUUUACGUCAGUCAGAGACAGUUUUCUAUCUUAUGUAUACCACCUUUAACUUAAAGAUUUAAUCACAGCGCUAACGAGCCGUCAGUGUUUUUGUUGUUUCGAGUUGAAGCUGAGUUCAGCCACAGUCUGAGAUCUCUGGUUUAAUUCAUCUCGGUUUGAUUCUGUCGGGCAGGUUUGUUGACCCGUAACAAAAGAUCAAAUUCAUAUUUACAGCUUAUAAAAAAAUGACUGAAAGCUGAUGAUUUCAGGAUUUUUUUAUAUAUAUAUAUUUUUAUUUUCUUGGGUCUAACUCUGGACUCAGGACUGUUUGAAUUUGAAACAACCCGAACAGCUUAAAAAAAAAAAAAGAAAUCAGAUAAUUCAGUGACUUGUUUUGAGUUUUACCUUGAAAAACUCUCCUUCCUCUGCACUCUCCCUGGUCAUUCCUCCUCCUCUUCCUCCACAAUGUGAAUCUUCUCUUGUGGGAAUUCUGGUGCUCGGAAAGACCCCAAAGUCUGACCAACUCGUAGCAAUACCAGCCUCCCUCCUCCUCCACCUUCCUUUUCUGCACCUGUAAUUUAUUACAAACGUCACAGAGACCGAAGUGUCGUCUGUAGUCGUCGGGAGACUUCAGGGCCUCUGAAACCUGGUGCUUCACUCACAGGUUCCCACGUCGAUCUGUGCAGGAACCUUUUGUGUUUUUUACUUUUACUGCUGAUCCAGAUGUUUGUAGCAGCUGCUUUCUAAUCAAUGAACAGAUGUGUAAAGGCUGCUGUGACUGGAGGGCCGAGGAGCGUCUCUGAACACGGAGGAAAUGGAGGAGCGGUGCUCCUCGGCUCUCCCCGAACUGAAAGCUGCAGGUGUAUUUUCUUUUCUUCUUCCUGUCAGCAGGACCACGUCUCUCCUCUGAUCACACAGGUGCUGAUUUUUGUAAUGUUUACAGGGAUUUUUGUUGUUCAAAGUGUUGCAGAUUAAAAUAUUAUAAACUGUU